UUUUGAGAAGAAGCUUUGGCAAAAAAGUGCGUCAGUCAAAGUGUGGGCGCCUUUGUGUGUUUGUUGUCUCAAAUUUAAGAAAGUUUGAACGAUAAUCAACUAUUAGAAUCUUCAACAAACAAGCAGUCCAGAUUUCAAGAUGUCCCUUCAGCCGCACAAGAAAAAAGUGUGUUACUAUUAUGACGGUGACAUUGGAAACUAUUACUAUGGACAGGGCCACCCUAUGAAGCCACACAGAAUACGAAUGACACACAAUCUUAUCCUUAACUAUGGUUUGUACAGGAAGAUGGAGAUCUAUCGACCUCACAAGGCCACAGCUGAAGAAAUGACCAAGUUUCACAGUGAUGACUAUAUCAAGUUUCUUCGAAGUAUUCGCCCAGACAAUAUGUCCGAAUACAACAAGCAGAUGCAGAGAUUUAAUGUUGGAGAGGAUUGUCCAGUCUUUGAUGGAAUGUACGAGUUCUGUCAGCUCUCAACAGGUGGUUCAGUAGCAGGAGCUGUCAAAUUGAACAAGCAAGCAGCUGAUAUUGCUGUCAACUGGGCUGGAGGACUUCAUCAUGCCAAGAAAUCAGAGGCUUCUGGAUUCUGCUAUGUCAAUGACAUUGUCCUGGCCAUCUUGGAGCUUCUCAAGUACCAUCAACGAGUCCUGUAUGUUGAUAUUGACAUUCACCACGGUGAUGGUGUGGAGGAGGCUUUCUACACCACAGAUCGGGUCAUGACCGUAUCCUUCCACAAGUAUGGAGAGUACUUCCCUGGCACUGGCGAUCUACGAGACAUAGGUGCUGGCAAAGGCAAAUACUACGCUGUAAAUUUUCCACUACGCGAUGGCAUUGAUGAUGAAUCAUUUGAGCAGAUCUUUAAACCUGUUGUAACAAAGGUAAUGGAGACAUACCAGCCUAGUGCUGUUGUCCUACAGUGUGGAGCUGACUCUCUAUCUGGAGAUAGGCUAGGCUGCUUUAAUAUCACACUGAAGGGUCAUGGAAAGUGUGUUGACUAUAUGAAGAAAUGGAAUCUUCCCAUACUACUUUUAGGUGGUGGAGGGUAUACAAUUAGAAAUGUUGCUCGCUGCUGGGCAUUUGAAACAUCUGCAGCACUUGGUGUUGACAUUGCAAAUGAAUUGCCCUACAAUGAUUAUUUUGAAUAUUACGGGCCAGACUUCAAACUUCAUAUCAGUCCAUCGAACAUGGCUAAUCAGAAUACUCCAGAAUACCUUGACAAAAUCAAAACAAGACUGUUUGAAAAUCUGAGAAUGCUGCCACAUGCACCUGGAGUACAGAUGCAAGCGAUUCCUGAAGAUGCUAUUCCUGAUGAUAGUGAAGAGGAUGACAAAGAGAAUCCAGAUGAACGGAAUUCCAUGAGGGCAACUGACAAGAGAAUAGCAUGCGAUGAAGAAUUCUCCGAUAGUGAGGAUGAAGGUGAAGGUGGUGGCCGCACUGACAGACAGAACUAUAAACCUAGAUCCAAAAGACCACGCACUGACGAAGAAAAAAGGGAGGCAGAAAAGGCUGCUGAAACUAAAGAAGUUAAGAAGGAUCCAGAAACAAAGGAAGAAGUGAAGCUAGCUGUGGAAAAGCCAGAAGAGAAGGCUGAAGAAAAGAAAACUGAAGCUGCUAAACCAGUGGAAACUCCAGCAAGUGAAACAAAAGAAUCCUCAGGUGCUCAGGAACCUCCGAAACAAGAUCAUUAACUUACAUUAUUAUUAAUACUGAUGUAUUUAUAGGCAUGGUACAUCUAGUGUUAGUGUAUUGUAUUUGAUUUUAUUUCAUGUGCAGCUGAUGACAUGUAAAUUUGUUUUAAUAGAAUUGAUUAAAAUGAAAUUGACUGGCAUCAUUGUUGUAGGUCCUUGGGAUCAAGAAUAGCAGUAUGGAACAGUUUGUCAGUACAUGUACAGGGCUUUAGAUUGCAACAAAGAUAAGAUAAUAAACACUGCCUCAAAUAAUUGUGCUGAAAUGAAGUAAAAACAUGCUGGCCUCAAAACAUUUUACCUCAAAGCUUCUGCAAAGGUAAGAUAACUUUAAAUGCAUUUCUGAAUAUCGACCACUCUUCUGCAGCUGUCGGUAACUACUGCAUUAAAAAGACCUUGCUGUUUUCAGAACGGGUAAAAAAACCCUGUUGCACCCAAAUUAAGUGAAAUCAAGAGCCCUGAUGUAUGAAAGCAAUUGCUAGUAGAUGAGUUAUGAAGGUAAUCAGGGUGAGGGUUAAAAUUAUGUAUUGUCCUUGUUGGUAGUUUUGAUCCAGCUCUUACAUUUACCCAUUCUCUUGCAAUACAGUACUUUAGUUUUUAUAGUUUUCAUGAAGUAGAAAAUUGUUUUAGAAUUAUUAUUUUUAUUAUUUUUUUCCAUCAAUCAUUAUGAUGUACAUAUAUGUGUGUUAAUAGUUGUCAACUUUGUUGUGCAUGUACAUACCAUUAUCAUUCAGGUGACCUACAUACAUGUACAUUGUUGAAAUCUGAUCUUUAACUACCAGUAACCUAUAUCAUAUAUUUUUUUAGAGAAAUUCUUGUCCAUGUGUGUACUAUCUAAAGUACAGGUAAACUCAUUGGCAUAUAAAGUAAGAUGUUACUCAUUUUUGGUUCUUAACAUUUUACAAGGAUAAACAAUGCUAAUCAUUCGCAUGAUAAACAUACAUUUAAUGAGGUGAAACAUUUGUAUUAGAGUAUAGUGGUCAGUUAUUUCUAAUGUUUGUAAACAAACUUAUGUAAUGUUUUGUCAUUUCAAUAUUACUUGAUCAUAGUUCUGUAUUUUCGUGUUACCAUUUCAUGUAUUAAUUCAAAGUAGCUCUGCCACUUAAAAGAUUCGCCAACUGCAAAUUUUAAAAACAGUUGGCUGGUUUUGUUAUAAUUUGAUGGAACUAAUUUCAUGCAAUUUUUAAUUUUUUAUAGAUAAUUUGGUUAAAUUUUCUGUACACCUUAGAGUUAAACACAUUCCUAUACUGGGAAUAUUGAUCUAUGAAAUGCUCAUUAAGACUAAAGGUUAUACUCGUUUGUAGUAUCAAUGUUUAUAUACUCAACAAAGUUUAGCAAAUGUUAAAAGAAAUGGCAUAACAUUUAUAAAUUAACCUAUUUUUAUUAAUUAGUAUUCACAUCUGAAAUGUUUACCAUUUACAAACAACAUAAACUCAUCAACCUUUGCCUUAACACAACAGGAGGACCUGGUUUUGUUUUAAGUUUAUUCAACCAUGGCAAAUUUAGACGUCUUAAAAGAUAUUUGCUAAAUUUUCGUUGUUAGUAUAUUUUGUAAACCAACUGAUAUCAUUGACAGUGAACGUAGGCAUUUACAUUGUACUUGUAUAAUACAGAGAUCUGCAAAUGACAAACCUUUAAUUGAAUGAUGAAAUGAUGAAGUAUUCUGUGGGUUUCUUUAAAAUUACUUUAUUUUCAUAUUGUGUUUUAAAACAGUACUAUUUCUUUUUCUUUUGUUAAUUACUAUUGAGCUGUUUUAGAAAUGAACGAAAGUAUACUCAACAACGAAAGUUUAGCUAAUGUUAAAAGAAAGGGCAUACCAUUUAUAAAUUAACCUACUUUUAUUAAUUAGUAUUCACAUCUGAAAUGUUUACCAUUUACAAACAACAUAAACUCAUCAACCUUUGCAUUAACACAACAGGAGGACCUGGUUUUCUUUUAAGUUUAUUCCACCAUGGCAAAUUUAGACAAUAUUUGCUAAACUUUCAUUGUUGAGUAUAGAUACUGAAAACAAUCAUAGAAAAAGUUUUUAGCUUUUCAUUUCUAAGGUGUACUUGCAUACACCUUUUUUCAGUGUCAUGUAAUUGGAGGGGUUUUCCUUUAAAAUUUGAUUUUUGUACUUUAUUGUAUAUGUAAGUUUGAGAUCAUUGCGAUUUUAAUUUGUUGUUUUUAUCAUAUUUUCAAAAUAUUUUGUAUUAAUGGUGCAAACAGAAUGGUAUUGCACUUAAUGUAAGAUUGUUUCAUCUUCUUCGACAUCGGGUAUAUCUACAUGUAUAUAACAUGUCUCUUAUAAAAACUUAAAUUUUUAUUCAGUUACUUAGAACCUAUGUUUAAUUACCUACAUAUAGUUUACUAUUACAUUUUGAUUUUACAGCACAAAAAAGCAUGUCUUCAUUGCAACUUUAAAAAAAUAAACCAAGAAGGCAUGGUCUUAACUGUUUGUUUCACAAUUUAGCUAAACUCAUCUUUCAGAAUAUUGUAACUGAAAUCAUUCACACAUUUUUGUUCCAGAUAUUUUGUAUAUUUAUCUUGUUUAAUUCUAUAAAUUGUGUACAAACAGUCAAGUAUGUAUUAUACUAUUGCUGCCAAUUUUAAGACACUUGUCAUUCUUCUUUUUUUCAUAUCCAUCAAUAAAUUUGUGUUGACCUUUUGGUCUGGUCAGAUUCAAUUUUUAUAGAUCUUAAUAUUAAUAAACUCAAUCCAUACAA